AUGUUGGACCAAGUCCUCAUUGAGUUUGAUCUUGGGGAGGCUGCAGCCGUGUUGUUGACGAACAACAUCUCAGGCCGAGCCUUUCUUGAGGUGUUAAGUGGAAAAGAAGAUCUUGAAGCGCUUGGAAUUACAGACCAACUCACACUGCGGCGUCUCAUGAAUUUGCAGGAUGAGUGGAAAAGCGGCAAUGGCAAGGUGUUGCUAAACGCCCACGAAUUUGGGAGCAGCUUGAUGGAAGCAAUCGACGAAGUGAUUGACGGCAUUCGUAAGUUGGAGAACAAGUACUGCAAGCGAUCAUCAGUGCAGCUGCGUGAAGAGGGUGAGGCUCUCCGGGAGUGUUUGGAGGCCGGUGACUUUGGAGCCACCAGCCGAACAUUGCUCAAGCUUCGUGUGGCAUCCGGGGCGCUGGCGCCAGUGCGCUUCUUGGCUAGCUUGCACCGGCGUCGCUUCGCGGAGGUCAUCAAACGACACCCAGGGCCAUGGCCUGGCAGCCUUGAUGCGGUGGUGCAGAUCCGGGAGCUAGCCUUGGCCACGGCUGCUGGUGCAGGGGCUGCAAGUGUAGCACCUCUGGCAGCUGCCUCCCGUGCGCUGCGUGGUGGUGUGGGUAGCAUGCUCUCAGAGUUUCCAGCCCUCUUCCCUUCGCAGGUGUACGCCAUUGGCGGGGCCGAUUCUAGCGCUGAGACUCUAAGCUCUGUGGAGAAAUUCGACUCCAAGAGCUGCGUCUGGGAGACGGUGUCCCCCAUGGCUGAAUCCAGGGAGAGCUGUGCUGCAGUGGCAGCCAACAGCAUGAUCUAUGUGUUGGGCGGUGUCAAUGGAGAGGCUCAAUGCCUCAGCAGCGUGGAAUGCUUCUCGCCCCAGACAGGGAUGUCGG